AUGCGAUGUGUCGAUCGCGUUUGGGCAUGUUGCCGUGUGUCGGGUCUCCCGUGUCUGGGCAUUUUCGCGCGAUGUGUCGGUCGCGUACCGUCGUUUGGUUGGUUGCAUGUUGCGUCGCAUUUGGGCGUGUUGCCGUCGCGUCUCUUGUGUCGCGUCUCUCGUGUCUGGGCAUUUUCCUUGUCUGGGCAUUUUCGCUCUAUGCGUCGGUCGCGUACAGUCGAUGUCAGUCGUUUGGUUGGUUGCAUGUCGCGUCGCGUCGCGUUUGGGCACGUUGCCGUCACGUCUCUUGCGUCGCUCUCUGGUGUCUGGGCAUUUUCGCGUCCAUACGCGGCAAGCACGUCGUGUGGAUGCCGCGUCAACGAGGCCGAGGGGAGUAUCGACGAGGGAGGCUGGGCGGGAAUGGGGGUCAGGACCAAAAAGAUUUCAAAAGCUGUUUGGCAACUGUUGCAAUGCUUUGGCUUAUUUGGACAUCACGUCAAUCACGGUGACGGCUGA